GACCGUAAAAUACCAAUAGCAUUCAUAAAUUAUUCAUAUUACUAAUUGACAUCGUAUUGCUUUCUAUGGGGAACAAGGUAGGAAUCGGGCUGGAUUUUUGUAAGUCUAGUAUUGACCAGACCUAUCAAUUUCAAAAUGUAUGGGUUUAUCCGCACCCAAUCCAAAAUUCAUCAACUUAAAUCCAACUUACCACAUAACAAGUAUGGAUAUUGAGAAUUUGAGAUACCCGUCUCAAUUUGAUAUGCUCUCAUUUCCAAGUAAUCCCCAUUCUUGAGUUCUAUGGUAAGUAGGGGUGGCUAUUGGUCUGGUCUUUUUGAUUUUAUCUAAAAUCGGACCGUAUGAGCGACAUCGGAUCGGGACCAGAUAUCAAACAAUCCAAUCUUAUCUUCGAACUAAAAUUUGAGGUUAAAAAAUCGUUUGUGACCGAACCGAAAAUCGGAUAAAGACCGGAUAAGAGAGCCCAAUAUCCAAAACUUAACCAACUCCUCACCUUUUGAUGCCUCAAGCCACUCAAAUCCUCACAAGUUCAAUCUAAAAUCAAGAUCGAAUUGAGAUCGGACCGGAUCAAGACCGGACUGUACCCAAUCCAAUUUUUUAUCCUUAUAUUCCCGAAACACCGGACCGAGACUGAAUCAAUUUUGGCCAAUUCAACCGGACCGUACCGUAUAGCGGGGUUAAUGUACUUAUUUCCCAGAUGAAAUGAAGACCAUAUAAAUCUCUGUAAUAGUGUCAUCCCUCAAGUAGGUGACGAAGACCCAAAUACAAUGGUCUCUAUCUUCAUUUACGAAAAAUUAAUAAUUAAGCGCAGAGUUCUACUACUGGUUAAUUCCCAAAAUAAUGUUUUUUCUAAUUUAACAUUAAUAUGGUGGUUUUAAAAGUAUUUAUACAAAUAUUGUGUUUUGUAAAGAAAACAUAGCGAGCCCGCCUGAGACUCAGGCGAAGGCGCUUUAUAAAUUUUUUAGUUCAAGGUGCCCGAGAUUGCGGCGUCUGCGUUGUUUUUUUGGUUUUCGUCAGUGGGAAAUUUUCCAAAAUCGUUGACCAGCGGGAGCGCCAGAGACUGAGGCGAUGACUCCACCAGCGGGGGCGCCCGAGACUGAGGCGGGUUCGCUGCCUACCCACAGCCACUCCGGCAUUAUAAACAAGUGAUUUCCUUUCAGUUGCUCACCACAAAAAAUCUAUGUUACGAAGUUAGACGAGAGAAGCUCUGUUAGUUACUGCAAAGAUGGCUAAUAGGUAAGACUUAAGAGACACAUCUAUUUUUUAAUUAUAUUCUUCAAAUGCUAUUAUAAUUUUAUUUAGUUAGUAAUUAGUGAGUUUGUUUUUUUUAUGUAGUGAUUUUAAAAGAUUUGAACUAGUCGUUCGGUGGAAAUCAGAGAAAGUAGAGUACAAUUUGAGCGUCCAUUUCGUUGGUGAUAGAAGUUUUUAGUUGACGGUUACAUUCAGGGUGACAUAUCACAAACUUUGUGAGAAUCUAAUUCCGAGAAUACGACAUAAAGACGAAGUAGUACAAGAUAGUGAUGUAAUCACAGGUUUCAGUUACUAUCUUCCAGAAUGACACAAUGGUGUUUUAUUUCAUUAUGCGAUGCUUAUUGUGGAUGAUGAUAGAUUGAAUGUGCUUUUCGAUUUUAUGGCACAAAAUCUUUAUUGUUUGGGUGUUGAGAUACAUGCUGAGCUCAGUGAGGAUCGGGAUGGAGAGGAAGAAGAUGAGACAAUAUGGAGCGUGUCAUCCGAUCAUGAUGACAGAGAGGAGGAGGAAGAUGGGGAAGGAGAGCAACCUAAUUAUCCUCCAUAUUAUUACUUGGACGGUAAUGAAGAGGACGGCGAAUUAUCAUAUGCCGGCUCAUAUGGCGUAAUUCCAAUGCCUAUUGUUGUUGGUUUUGAAGGAGAGUUCUACAAGGGGCUGAUAUUUCACUCGAAACAAGCUGCACAGGUGGCGAUUAAAUACCGCGCACUACAACGCAACUUUCAAUAUGGCGUGGUGAAGUCGUCACCUUCAAUCUGGAAGGUCAGAUGCUUGAAGCACGGAUGACAAUUGUCCUUGGAUGGUGCGGUUUGAUGUCGAGAUGUUGGAAGUGAAUGUACUGUGAGAAAGGCCGAGUAUGUGCAUUCUUGUAGCAGUACGACCUCGUUUUCCCAAACUAAGUCGACACGAUGUUGACCAUGUCCCCAAAGAAGUACCGAAUCGACCGGAGCUAGAUCAAUUAUCGCAGGUGGUGGUUUCAUGGAAUAACUGUCCAUAAACCUA